AUUGUGGGCUCCAUUUAACGUUAUUCGUAUGCGUAAUAAAAAAAUACUACACAAAAAUACAUACACGUGUUUGAGUGUAAACAGAAAAACGUUCGAAGACACAAGACAGUAGUUUAAACUAGCUCUACUUUAUUUAUACUAAUGAAAGUUUUAGAAUUGUUUAGUGGAAUUGGUGGAAUGCACUAUGCGUUGAAAGAAUGUGACAUCAACUCAACAGUGAAGAUGGCCAUUGAUAUUAACACUGUUGCCAACCAUGUCUAUAGACACAACUUUCCACAGACAAAAUUGUUGUCACGUAACAUUUUGUCGCUCUCUGCAGAAGAAAUAAACAAUUUGAAUAUUGACAUGAUACUGAUGAGUCCACCUUGUCAGCCUUUCACAAGGGUUGGACUGAAGAAAGAUGUUGCAGACGAUAGGAGCUCUCCUCUUCUUCACAUAAUUAAAGUGUUGCCCAAUUUGAAAGACCCGUUCAAGUAUGUGCUCGUGGAAAACGUCAAGGGUUUCGAACUGUCUGAAGCCAGGAACAGGCUUGUGCAAGCAAUGCUGAGAAUUGACUUUGUCUUCCAAGAGUUCAUUCUGAGCCCGUCACAGCUUUCCAUUCCAAAUUCCAGACAUCGUUAUUAUUUGAUAGCAAAACCAAAUACACUUCCAUUUUGCUUUCAAGUGGGUUCUUUGAUGGAGCAUUUGCCAGAAUUGAAAAGUGAUGAUUGCGAACGAACAGUUGGUAUUCGCCGCGUGAUUUCCGGGCUCAGAGGGAGGAUAUGUAGUGAAGUUUCGACGGCGAGCGAUACAGGGUGCCUCGAGUUGCGGCACUUCCUGGAGAAUGAACUGGACGAUGUUCACCUCGAAGGCUUCCUGCUGCCCGACAAGCUGCUGUCGAGGCACUUCCCGCUGCUGGACCUGGUGGGCCCGCGGAGCGCCCGCUCGUGCUGCUUCACCAAGGCGUACGGCCGCUACGUGGAGGGCACGGGGUCCGUGCUGUGCCCCGCCCCGCCGCCCGGGGACCUGCUGGGCCUCGCGGGCGACCUGCCGCGGCUCAAGGCCCUGCGGCUGCGCUACUUCACGGACCGGGAGGUAGCGAGGCUCAUGUGCUUCCCCGAGUGCUUCGGCUUCCCCGAGGACGUCACGUGGAAGCAGAGGUACAGGCUGCUGGGGAACAGCGUCAACGUCCACGUGGUGGCACUGCUGAUCGCAUUGCUCGUGGCGUGACGCCUCACUGACGCUACUCUUUUUUAUUUAAUAAUAUGAUUGUGAUCUUAUUUUAAGUAAAUUAUAUUUUACUAACA